CGGGAGGCAGGUGAGUCGCUAGGUCUCCCUGGCUCCAAUCACUCUGGAGACUGAACCAUGGGGGGAAAACAGGACGGGGAUGAGGCCUGUGGAAAACCAGCCAAAUAUGACCCCUCCUUUCGAGGUCCCAUCAAGAACAGGAGCUGCACAGACAUCAUCUGCUGUAUCCUCUUCCUUGCCUUCAUUCUGGGUUACAUCGUGGUGGGGAUCGUGGCUUGGGUGUACGGAGACCCCCGGCAAGUCCUCUACCCCAGGAACUCUACCGGGGCCUACUGCGGGGUAGGGGCUAACAAAGAUAAACCGUAUCUUCUCUACUUCAACAUCUUCAGCUGCAUUCUGCCCACCAACAUCAUCACGGUCGCUGAGAACGGCCUGCAGUGUCCCACAUCCCAGGUGUGUGUGUCCUCCUGCCCCGAGGUCACAUGGACGGUGGAAAUCAGCCAGUUCUCACAGAAUGUUGGGGAGGUCUUCUACACAGCAAACAGGAACUUCUGUCUGCCAGGGGUGCCUUGGGAUAUGCCAGUGAUCCAAAGCCUGCAGCAGGAGCUCUGCCCCAGUUUCCUCCUCCCUUCCGCUCCAGCUCUGGGGCGUUGUCUUCCACUGUUGAACAGUACUCUACCUGAACUCCCAGGGAUCUCCAGCAACACCUCCAUCUCCCAGGGGAUCAGCAGCGGUGUACUUGACAGCCUCAAUGCCCGUGACAUCACUGUGAAGAUCUUCGAAGACGUUGCCCAGUCCUGGUAUUGGAUUCUUGUCGCCCUAGCUGUGGCUCUGGUCCUAAGCCUGCUGUUCAUCCUGCUUCUGCGCCUGGUGGCCGGGCCCCUGGUGCUGGUGCUGAUCCUCGGGAUGCUGGGCGUGCUGGCCUACGGCAUCUACCACUGCUGGGAGGAGUACCGUGUGCUGCGGGACAAGGGUGCCUCCAUCACCCAGCUGGGCGUCACCACCAACCUCAGUGCCUACCGCAACGUUCAAGAGACCUGGCUGGCGGCCGUGAUCGUCCUGGCUGUGCUUGAAGGCACCCUGCUGCUGCUGCUGAUCUUCCUGAGGCAGCGGAUUCGCAUCGCCAUCGCCCUCCUGAAGGAGGCCAGCAAGGCUGUGGGGCAGAUGAUGUCUACCCUGUUCUACCCUCUGGUCACCUUUGUCCUCCUGCUCAUCUGCAUUGUCUACUGGGCCAUGACUGCCCUGUACCUGGCCACAUCGGGGCAACCCCAAUAUGUCCUCUGGGCACCCAAUGCCAGCUUGCCCGGCUGUGAGAAAGUGCAGAUGAAUACAUCAUGCAACCCCAUGUCCCAGCCCAUGAACUCCUCGUGCCCGGGGCUGAGGUGCGUCUUCCAGAGCUACUCGUCCACCGGCCUGGUUCAGCGUUCUCUCUUCAACUUGCAAAUCUACGGGAUCCUGGGGCUAUUCUGGACCCUCAACUGGGUGCUGGCCCUGGGCCAGUGUGUCCUGGCUGGCGCCUUUGCCUCCUUCUACUGGGCCUUCCAAAAGCCCCAGGACAUCCCCACCUUUCCCCUGAGCUCUGCCUUCAUCCGCACACUCCGGUACCACACUGGGUCGCUGGCCUUCGGAGCCCUCAUCCUGAGCCUUGUGCAGAUAGCCCGAGUCAUUCUGGAGUACAUUGACAACAAACUGAGAGGAGCACAGAACCCCGUGGCCCGCUGCAUCAUGUGUUGCUUUAAGUGCUGCCUCUGGUGUCUGGAGAAGUUUAUCAAGUUCCUAAACCGCAACGCCUACAUCAUGAUCGCCAUCUAUGGGAAGAAUUUCUGUGUCUCCGCCAAAAAUGCCUUCAUGCUGCUCAUGCGGAACAUUGUCAGGGUGGUCAUUCUGGAUAAAGUCACAGACUUGCUGCUGCUCUUUGGGAAGCUGCUGGUGGUUGGGGGUGUCGGGGUCCUGUCCUUCUUUUUCUUCACCGGUCGCAUCCGGGGCCUGGGUAGAGACUUUGAGAACCCCUCCCUCAACUAUUACUGGCUGCCCAUCAUGAUCUCCAUCCUGGGGGCCUAUGUCAUUGCCAGUGGCUUCUUCAGCGUUUUUGGCAUGUGUGUGGACACGCUCUUCCUCUGUUUCUUGGAAGACCUGGAGAGGAACGACGGCUCCCCGGACCGGCCCUACUACAUGCCCACAUCCCUUCUGAAGAUACUAGGCAAGAAGAACGAGGCAUUCCCCGGGGACAAGAAGAAGAAAAAUAAGUGAGAGACGCGGCCCCGAUCAGGGCUGCUCCCCUCCUGUACAGCCUCCCAGCAUCACCCCGCCUUCCAGAUCUUGAUUUUGUAGUUCAAAACAAAUUAUUAAAUGUUGAUGUUUUGUUUUCUCAAGAAGUCCGGGACUUUUAAUUAAUUCCCUCCACGACAACGUGCAGCUUUUUUUCCGCCGCCUGGCUCUUUAAAGUAGACCCCGCCCCUAAACCCGCCCCUGGGGCCAUGGCCAAUCAAAAGAUUCCUGCCG